AUGAGAGACAAGGAACGCGUAUCUACAAUAAUCGAUAUUGCAGAGAACACCUCUAAUAAUAAUGAGGAAGCUUUAUCGAUACAAGACGAAAAUGAAGGAGGAAAUGAGGAAGCAGAACAGAGUACCUCACAAAUUUUUUCUACUACGCCAGUUUCAGUACCAAACAUUUGGUCAGGCAUCAAAAACAAAAAGUUGACACAGAAAAAAGCUCGAUCUUCAACAGAGAGCGCAAGUGCAGCACUAAUGCAAUAUAUUCUCAGUAAAAAAGAAGAAGAACAUGCAGAGCAACAAAAUACAAAGAAGGACCACAUAGAUUUGUUUUUCGGCAGUAUUAAAACAACAACAAUAUCAGAAAUGAAAACCAAAGCUAAGAGACGUGCUAGAGAGGUGAGGUAUGGAUGCCAGGGAACUGCAGGAGGACUGGUGCUACCAUUAACUCCUUUCGAAGAAAGGAUAUUGGGUCUACUCGUUUCUGAGCUGUCAGUAGAAGGAGCCCAAUUAUCAGAAGCUGCCGUGGAAAUGAUCGUUGCCGAAGAAGAAUUAUUUGAACUGCCAGUGGAAAUUGCCUCCCCUUCAGGUUAUGUACCUCCACAGCCAACUCCCUCAACAGAGCCAAGUCAGAAUACUCAAAAUAUAGAUAGCCCACCAGCAAUAUCCACAAGAAGAAGACCUAGAAGAGUGAAUAGAGGCAGGGCAGGAAGUAGAGUGACAACUGCUGUCGAACUGCAUGACCGCCAGUUGGCAAAACUUGCCAGACAAGACAAGACAAGAUAUACUUCCGUCGCAACAGAAAACGAGGUACAUGCAGUUCUACUAGAGGAAGAUAAUAUCGCGAUAGACGAGGAACUUGCUUUAGAAAACCCCAACGAAACAAACCACUCUUCUAUUGCGAUCACAAUGCGGAAACCAUCCAACCCUAAACGUAGAGGGCAUCAAGCUGUUGAAAUUGCUAUUGCAGUUUUGAUGAAAUAUCUUUUGGAAGAAGAAAAAAAUGAAAAAGAAAAAGAUGAUAUUGAUCUUUUCUUUGACACCAUGAAAGCUACAGGUACAAAUGGAACCCACAUGGGACUCCACGUAAUUUUACCGACGUGGGAAGACGAAGAUCCAAGAUUUAAAAAUGUGUGUUUUAUUAAACCUGGAACUUUUGAUAAAGCCAAGGAAAUUUUUAUUGGUUUAGUAGCUCAAAAUAUAAAAGUUACUUCCACAUCAAAUGACGAUAUAAUGAUGGAAGUAGAAUCUGCUAAUACAUCCAGAACAUUAGAGUCCGAAACCGAAAAGCCAUUGUUUGAUAUAUGGAAACAAUGA